GUAAAUUAUCAGCAAAUUUUCAUUUUUGGGUGAACUAUUCCUUUAAGAGAUAGACUGUUCUAGAUUGACUCCUGUACAACAUAUGCUCAUGUCUCCUCUCUAUGACUAUCUUUGUCAGCUGUCAGUCAUUCUCAGCUUGUGGGCCUGUUUGUCUUGGGUCUGUUCAUGUGUAACUUUGGCAGUGUGGGGUAAAUAUGGAUCUUACAAGGCUCAGUGCAAACCACACUCCGUCGUGUUCCUCUAAACCCCUAAACACAUCACUCACAUGCUCUCUGAAAGAUUUCAUUUAACUAUUGAGCAGGGGAAGAACAUCUACUAGUCAAUGACCUUUAUCAUUCACUGUCAGUCUGUUUCUGUCCAGACCACAGUCAAAGCCAUGGUCACAGUCAAACUAUAGAGCUUGAAUGAAUUUUAAAGAGACACAAAGUCAUUUGUAAGUAAAGAGAUCUGCUGGUAUGCCAAGGUCUUGCAACUUUGUGCUAAUAGGCCUCUUUAAACAGCUCCCAUGGAUAGAAAUGUACCAGCUCAAAGGAGUGUACAGCUCUGGCUCAGCCUCAUUUGUUUCUUCAGCUUUAGGUUUGUUUAACUAAUGAAGAGGAGGAUUUACAUAUACCUGGCAAAAAAUUAUAUUUCAAGGUGUUUAUCCCUUGCUGAAUUGUUGGUAUUGGGUAACUUGUGAAUUUCUCUACAAAUAGAUCCCAUUCAGUGAGGAACUAUCAUCACAGUCCUGAUGAAUGUCUGGAUACCAAGAAUCACAUGGUUGAAACUGAGACAGAACAGUGUUGUGUGCCAUGAGUGAAUAAGAGGGAACUGGGAGACUGAGAGAGUCUUGGAGUCAAAAGACACUCAUUCACACCCGCAAUGCCCGUUAGUACCCCAACCACCAACGGAAUCAUGCCUGAAGCCAAAAAAGCAGGAAGAAAAGGAACAAAAGCUAAUGGAAAAAAUGCAGAAAAGGCACCACCAUAUGAGCCCAACAUCCCUGAGCCCAAUACGAGAGCUGAGCUGAUGAAAUACUGGAUGAAUCUCUCCCUGGAUGACAGAACUGCUCAGAAACUGUUGUGGCUUUCAGAAGGAGGGGCCAAGGUGUCCCGUAUGACAGAGGAAGUGUGCCCAGUUCUGGACAGACCUGAGAGAUUUGAACAUUCACCGCAGGUGCUGUGUAAGGAGGGUCUUUUGGGCAAUCGUGGGUACUGGGAAGUGGACUGCGAGGGCUGGGUGGUGAUCGGGGCAGCGUGUGAAAGCGCAGGACGGAAAGCAAAGGACGGCCCAUGUGGCCUAGGUGAGAAUGACCUGUCUUGGGGUGUGGGCUGGGCUGGCUCUUGCUACCAUGUCUGGCACGACGGGGUGAACAUUGAAGUCCAGGCUCCCCUCUGCCCCACUAUUGGGAUCUACGCAGACCAGCCAGCUGGCAUCAUCAAGUUUUUCCUAGUGGAGGAGGGAGAGAAUGACUCCAAAGAAGUCAGACUGAUUCAUCGGUUUGCAACCACUUUUAAUGAGAAGCUCUUUCCUGGUUUCUGGGUGGGCAGGAAAUCCUAUUGUUGGAUCCAAAAAAAGGAUCAGUAGGAGGGUGAAUACAUGGGGUAAGGAAAAGGGUUAGGGUGACUUGAGGAAAAGAUUCAGAGAGCUGUGCUGGAAACUUAUGAGAAACUUGUCAUUGGUAGGAGACAAGAGAAGUGCCAAAUCUCAUCAUAUCCAUGGGAAUAAUUAAAGUAACAGAAACCUUUUGAUUGUUUGGAGAAAUCACGCUCUCUUCAACAUAAAGUAUCCUGUGUUUCAAUUAACUACAUUAGCACAGAUAUACUAAAUUAACCCUAAAUGGACCCUAAAUAGACCUUUAAAUUCCAAAUUAAUGCUCUAAAAUAUCAGUUUAGCUCAUUGCCAGCCUUUUCUGAAUUCACAGCUGUUACAAAUAACUGAGCUGGCCAAAAAGGGUGUAUACUCAAAAUAUAUUAGGCUAGUAUUUUUAACCAGUGUUUUUAUUUGUGUAGCAUUAAUCUUAUUGAUUUUGAAUAGUCAUUUUAUUUCUAGGGUCUGAAUAAUUUUGUAUUCCUUGUGAAAUCAAAUGCAGAUAACGUUGUGAAUACCUAUGUCUGUGAUCAAAUAAACUA